GGAGGUGUGUUGUGUGUUGGCCACUCAAGGCCACUGCUUUUAAAAGGGAGACGUGGGUCCUCCCGCACACAGAGGUGCAUCGGGCGGCUCGGCGGCUGCUCUGGGUGCAGUGAAACAAGGAGGAUGAAGGCGGUUCUCGGGGUGCUGCUUCCAUACCUGGUGCUGCUGCUCCACUCCGCAGCUCUGCCGAGAAAAGGGACCCAUGGAGCAGAGGCUGUGCUGGGGCAGAGCCUCUCAGAGGAGACGGAACUUGGAGCAAAGAGGGAAAAUGUGAGCAGAGCGCGACCCGGCUCGGCGGUGAGACUGAAGAUGACUGUGGCUUCUCGCCUCCUCCCUGAGCCUGCAGCAAGCUGCACACAGGCUGACGGCUCCAGCUUGCAGCCCUGGCCCUUGGGGGGGCUGGAGGGCCCCGUGUGCCGCCUGAAGAUGGACAACAGUGAGGUCCCCCCAUCCCACCUGGAGGUGGUGGGGGUCCUCACCCGCUAUGAAAGCACCUUCAUCAAGGUGCUGCGCGCCAGCUGGAAGCACCGCAACCCCGAGACCUUUGGGCUGUGCCCAGGUGGAGGUGCACAAACCGUGCUUCGACCGCUGCAGCAGCUCCAGGAGCACCUGGCAGGGCCAGGCACGGGGCUGCAGCGAUUCCUUGUCCUGCAUCUGGAGGAAGGUAGGAGCUGGAGGGUCGUGGUGUGGGGAAGGCCAAUGCUAUCGAUGGGCCUGAGGUGGAGGUAUGGGUGAAGAGUUGGG